AUGGCUACACGUCGCACGGCUCGUCCCACGCAGAAGCUUGUUGACCCGGAAAAUGCUGAAAAGCCGAUCCUUUCUUCACAUCGUGAGAAUAUUGCUACUGGGUGUGCAAAUGCAGCUGCCAAGGGUUCAAAUGCCACAGCCGCCGCCUUAUCAGCAUCUGAUGCAUCGCAACUGCCAACGUCAAGAGAACCCUCAACCGUUGACGACGUUAUCGACGAUAUCGACGAUGAUCAAGCUCAUGAAGAGGAAUCUUCCACUGAUUCCGCCGCACGUCCAAGUAAGAAGUCUGUAAGAAAAAGGAAGCGAGCAGAAAGCAAGACAGUCGAAGACACAGAUGCAACAGACGUGAACGGCAUGUACAAGGACAUACAGGUCAUUGAUCUGGGAGCCGACAUAGAUAUCUCCACGCCGAUCAAGAAAAGUCCGACAUGCGAUGUCGACCAGUUUUUCGAAACUGCAGCCCCACCGAAGAAUGGUGAGAAGUACGGUAGAUGCAAGUGCAAGCUUUGCUGGUCAAAAUACAGCUAG